UCCUUGGCUUGCCACACAGGGAGCAAACCAGCCAACAAGCCCAACCAACAAACAAACACCUCUUCUCUUCUCCUUCUUCUUCUUCUUCUUCUUCAUCCUAGUACACCUUUUGUCUCUCCCUCCACAGUCGUCCACGCACCCCACCCCACCGCAAGAUCGAGCAAGAGCUAGCUAGCCUGAUCCUUGGCGCGUCGGUGCGAUGACGGCGACUGCGACUGCGACGGCGGCGGCGGCGGCGGCGGCGGCGACGAGCGUGGUGACGGGGACGACGCGGUGGUGCCCGACGCCGGAGCAGCUGAUGAUCCUGGAGGAGAUGUACCGCGGCGGGCUGCGCACCCCGACCGCGUCGCAGAUCCAGCAGAUCACGGCGCACCUGGCGCACUACGGGCGCAUCGAGGGCAAGAACGUCUUCUACUGGUUCCAGAACCACAAGGCGCGCGACCGCCAGAAGCUCCGCCGCAGGCUCUGCAUGAGCCACCACCUCCUCUCCUGCGCGCACUACUACGCCGCCGCCAAAGCCGGCCAGUACCACCACCAGCAGCAGCAGCUCCUCGGCGGCGCCGCGGUGCCUCCUCCGGUGCUGCAGCACCAGCACCAGCAGCCGCAGCCGCAGCAGCAGUACUACUCCAGCCCCUGCCCUGGCGGCGGCCACGACCAUCACCUGCUCCCGACGACCGUCCCGGCAGCUGCCGCUUAUGCUGCUGCUGCUGCUGCUGGGUACGGCUACCCCUUGGCCGCCGUGCCGGCGAGCCGGUGCGCCGACCCCUCGCUGUCGCCGCCCAACACCCCGCUCUCCUUCCACCAUCAGGGUGGAGGCGUCGUCGUAGGAUCGCCGGAAUACUCGCUGGGGAGGCUGGGCAGCUUCCAAGUUGUGGAGGACACGUGCCGGCCGUCGCGGUACGAGCAGCAGCAGCCGCAGCAUCUGGCCGCGGCGACGGAAGACCAGGCGGCGUCGGUGACGGCGACGGGACUCUUCUGGCGGCCGGUGAGGCUGCAGACGCUGGACCUCUUCCCCGGCGCGAUCAAGGAGGAGCAGCAGCAGUAGCCGUAGACUCGUAGUAGUACGUAGAGCAGCCCGUACGUCGCACGCACGUAGAGCAGCAGCAGCAGCAGCAGCACGUAGAACGGUAGAAGUACUAUCGUCAUACUAGUCAGUAGUAGUAUCUUUGUAAUUCCCAUCGAUUUCUGGUUGAUUAAUUAUCAGCGUAAUCCUCUUUAGCAUA